ACGCAAAAUAAAAUAAUGUAGGAAGCCGUGGUGUGCUGCUCUGAAAAACUGAACUUAAACUAAAAACUUUGUCAGAUGUCCAAAACAUAUAAAAACCACAACUUUUCACACGCCUUAUCUUACAGAUACGUUUCAUCAAUCCUUCUUUUCCGAUCCUCUGUUUACUGCCACUGUUCUAAACUCUCUCUCUCUCUCUCUGUGUCUGCCAUAAACAAUAAUUGGUGAAUGGAGAAGAAGAGAGAAGAAAGAGAGAUGGGUAUGUUCUUUGAUGGGGUUAUAGAGGCCAUGCCUGUGUUUGCAAAGGAGCUAGUUGCUGGUGGGGUUGCUGGUGGAAUUGCCAAGAGUGUGGUUGCACCUCUCGAGCGUGUCAAGAUUUUGUUUCAGACCAGAAGGGAAGAAUUCCAAAGCAUAGGGCUUUUUGGUUCCUUUAAAAAGAUUGCAAAGACGGAAGGGGUUAGGGGUUUCUACAGAGGGAAUGGGGCUAGUGUUGCUCGAAUUGUUCCCUAUGCGGCGCUGCAUUACAUGACUUAUGAGCAAUACCGCAGAUGGAUAAUAGUCACUUUUCCUGACAUAGGGAGAGGCCCUGUGCUUGAUCUCGUGGCAGGAUCAUUUGCUGGAGGAACUGCUGUGCUUUUUACCUAUCCCCUUGAUUUAGUUCGGACUAAAUUGGCUUAUCAGGUUGUUGGUUCAUCGAAGUUGAAUGCUCAAAUGUCAAUUAAAAAUGAACUAGUUUAUAAAGGAAUUCUUGAUUGUUUCUCAAAGACAUAUAAAGAGGCUGGGAUCAGAGGUCUAUAUCGUGGUGUGGCUCCAUCACUUUAUGGAAUCUUUCCAUAUGCUGGUUUGAAAUUUUACUUCUAUGAGGAGAUGAAACGCCAUGUCCCUGUGGAGCAAAAGAAAAAUAUUAUGGUGAAGCUUGUAUGUGGAUCUGUUGCAGGUUUAUUGGGUCAGACCUUCACAUACCCCCUUGAUGUUGUCAGGAGACAAAUGCAGGUUCAACGGCUCUCGGCAUCAAAGAGUGCUGAGAUGAAAGGAACAAUAGAAACCCUUGUUAUGAUUGCUCAAAAACAAGGAUGGAAGCAUUUAUUUUCAGGGCUGAGCAUCAACUACUUGAAGGUUGUACCAUCUGUGGCAAUUGGAUUUACUGUUUAUGAUCUUAUGAAAGCAUACCUGAGAGUUCCAUCACGAGAUGAUGUAAUUGAAGUGGUUUCCAAUAAAAGAACUAGCCGAUCAUCAUCACUUCACUCGUGAUAACAUUCUUAGCCAUUUUAAACUUGAGACCAGUCUUUCUCACACAGGUUAUCAGGAGCUUCAUAGGUCAUUUUUCAUCCAUACAUCCCAUUCUUUGAAGAUGUAUAAUAUCAUAUAAUGUGGAUUAAUCCCUCAAAAUAGACCUCCUUCAAGGUCUAUUUUCACAGAUUAUAUGAGGGUAUGAUCCUUAAGGUAGCUAACAUGAUUAGAAUUCAGAUUACCUCAGGUCUAUUUUCACAGAUUAUAUGAGGGUAUGAUCCUUAAGGUAGCUAACAUGAUUAGAAUUCAGAUUACCUCAUGCACUGUUUCCAUAAAGCAUGAUGUAUUUUUCAAUAACAGAAUCACUAUACGGUGUACAUAUUAGAAGAUCAAUAAAAAAUCAACUCUGAUGUAGUGCUAUAAAUGAAUAAUGAUAAUUCUCUUGAGAAGUUUAUUUCUA